ACAUUGUUUGAGUUUGUUUGGAGUUUCGUCGAAAGAUUUUUUUUUAAUCAUGGCUUUAGCUUCAGAUCCUUCGAAAGAAUCUAGAUCUACUUAUUGUCGGAAACAGAAAUCACUUGGUCUCUUAUGUUCAAAUUUUUUGAGCUUGUAUGAUCGGGAAGGUGUGGAAACUAUUGGGCUUGACGAUGCUGCUCGGAGAUUGGGGGUUGAAAGACGGCGGAUCUAUGAUAUUGUGAAUGUACUGGAAAGCAUUGGUGUUCUUGCUAGGAAGGCUAAGAAUAGGUAUUCAUGGAAAGGGUUAGGUGCAAUUCCGAGGACUUUGGAACAGUUGAAGGAAGAGGGUCUUAAGGAGAAUGUCAGUGGAUUUGAUGGAUCUAGCUCUGCCAAGGGUUCAGAUGAUGAUGAGGAUGAUAGAGAUUCCAGCCUAAUCACUUCGAGUCAGACUGAUAAACUAAGCUCCAACUCUGGUGUCAACUCUGCAGCGCCUGUUAAAUCUGAAAAUAGGAGGGAAAAAUCAUUGGGACUGCUUACACAGAAUUUUGUGAAGCUCUUCCUCUGCACCAAUGUUGACAUGAUUUGCCUUGAUGAGGCAGCAAAGAUAUUGCUAGGAGAUGGGAGGCCUCCUGCCAUGACAAGAACUAAAGUUAGGAGGCUAUAUGAUAUCGCAAAUGUUUUGUCUUCGAUGAGAUAUAUUGAGAAGACUCAUCAUCCAGAUACGAGGAAACCUGCAUUUAGAUGGUUGGGGCUGAGAGGAAGAUCAGAAUAUAAAUCAGUUGAUGCCUUUUGUGCUAUUGAGUCCAAGAAGAGGGUAUUUGGGACUGAGCUUACAAACACAACUAUCAAGAGGAACAGAGUUGCUCUACCUAUGGAUGGUAUUUCAGAUGAAGCAACUCGAAAACAACUGCUAACUGAAGUGAAAUGUGAGAACCUGGAAAAUGAUUUUCACAUUCCUAAACAGGAGCCUGGUUUAACAGCGAGCAAAAAGAGUUACCACUUUGGUCCAUUUGCUCCUCCAACCAUACCUCAAGCUGAAGUUUCUGAGGCUGACAGAAUGAAGCGGGUUCAUGACUGGGAAAGUCUAGCCUCCAGUUACCGUCCUCAAUAUCACAACCAAGCACUGAAAGAUCUUUUUGCACAUUAUGUGGAAGCAUGGAAAUCAUGGUACUUGGAAGUUGCUGGGAAGAACCCAAUUCAGCUGAUCUCCUGAUGUGUUCUUUAUUGAUAAGAACAGGAUAUUGAAGUUAACUGCCUUCACAAACUAGACAUGGUCGUUGCACAUUCUCGUUGCAUUCAACAGUAAUUUGAUGUACAUUUUCGAUAUCUUUUCAGUUAAUAGUGAAGUGAUUCUUGAAAGGAUUGACAUGCUUUAUGGCAAAACAUAGUUGUUAUAGAGGUAAUAAAUUUAGGGCUAUUAUUGCCUCGUUAA